AGAUAAUCAUCAUUAUUAUCAGAGUAUGAAGAUCACCAAAAAGGAACACAGACAUUGACUGUCUCCUAAUGGAUGUAUAAAGCAUCGCCUCUGGAUGAUCUUGCCGAAGAACAAACAUGUUGAACAAAAAAAUACUAAAUCGAUCAGGCUUCUACUUUCGACUACUGAUGAUUGUUACUCUGUGUGCCAGCUACACUCUUGAGUACUACCACCAAGAGUUGUCAUGCCUCGACGUCAGAAAAAUCCACAACACUCCUAUGAUCAACAGCUUCAGACCUUCACAAAGUCCCAGGAUCUGGAGGUUGCACAGGUCUCCAGGGCUCUGGAGGAGACCCAUCUCUCUUCUCAUCCUCUAAUGCCUGGCAAUUUGAAGGAGGCUGCUGGCACUAGUGUAUCUGGCUUUCCUGAGAGUCCUCAGAGUUUCUAUGCAUCUGCCACUGCCUUCACACCCACCUCAUCCAGCAAAUCGGAUGAGGGCUUCACAAGCCCGGGAAAAGAGCAUAGCUCAGGUACCUCACAGGCUGUGCCAGACCCCCAGAAUGUGCCCAUAGAUGCUCUUAAUAAGGAUGUAGCUCUGGUAGUGAAUUUCCUGCUGCUCAAGUAUCAAAUGAAAGAGCCAAUAACCGAGGAAGAGAUGUUGAAGAUUGUCAACAAUUGCCAAGUGCAUUUCCCUGAGAUCCUCAUGAGAGCCUCUGAGCACAUGGAGAUCAUCUUUGGCCUUGAUCUGAAGGAAGUGGAUCCCGCCAACCACCGCUAUGACCUCCUCAUCAAAUUGGGCCUCACCUAUGAUGGGAUGCUGCCUGGUGAAGUGGGUGUGCCCAAGACCGGUUUCCUCCUACUUAUCCUGGGUGUGAUCUUCAUGAAGGGCAAUCGUGCCACCGAAGCCGAAAUCUGGGAAGUUCUGAAUGCGACCGGGAUAUAUUCUGGAAGGAAGCACUUCAUCUUUGGGGAGCCCAGGAAGCUCAUCACCAAAGAUUUUGUGAAAGAAAAAUACCUGGAGUACCGGCAGGUGGCCGACACUGAUCCUGCCCAGUUUGAGUUCCUGUGGGGCCCCAGAGCCCAUGCUGAAACCACCAAGAUGAAGGUCUUGGAAUUUCUGGCCAAGGUUCAUGGGACUGACGCAAGUUCUUUCCCAUCUCAGUAUGAGGAGGCUUUGCAAGAUGAAGAAGAAAAAGCUCGAGCCAGAAUUCCAGGCAGGGCUGUCUCUCCUUCUUUGGCCACUGCAAGUUCUGGUGUCAAGACCGGCAGCUUCUUCCAUACCUAGGGGAGUCAGGGAUAGCUUCUUCAUGCAUUGUUGGAAGAGGCCAUUAGAAUUCAGUUCUGAGGUUAGGCUGGAAGGAAGACAGUUUAUGCAUAUGUGUUUCUGUUUUGUACAUGUAACUUUAAAAUUUGUUUUUGAUAUAUAUAAUUCAAAUAUUGUUCCAUUUAAUAUAAAUUUAAUUGCCUUCAAAUUCAACUUUGUAAAUGAUGUCGGUCAUGCUUUUAAUGUCAUAAUGAUGCUUAAAGUAAGGUUUUUGUUGUUUUGUUAACCAAACCAUCCAUCUUAGUUUGUCUCCUGUAAUAAUAUGACAUUGCUUUAGACAUUUUCUUAGAAAUGCAAUGGAUCAGUUUUAAGAUAGUUUAGAUCCAUAAGGUAUAAUAGAGAAGGAAAUCUAAAAGCUCUUAAGGCAUUCUUAUCCCUUUUUGUUCUUGUUUUAUAAAGUUAACUGGUAUGUACAUGGAUUUGCUAAUACUUUCAGGAAUGUAAAAGAAAUAAAUGUUAUUAAAUUA